UAUAAUAUGUAGCUGAGUUGAGCAUGAAUGUGUGAGUGAUAAAACAAAAUCUAACCAAGAAACAAGGCCCAAUUUCUGAGCGUGUUCCAUCAAAGUUUCAGAGAUCGGUAGGAACAUGGACAAGCUUGGCGGUUCUACUAUUCGUAUGAAAGCAAUUGAGGAGCUUCUCAGAGGUCGUGAUUCUGCCACACAGCUCAGGAGUGUCAUCAAUGGGAAUGGUGAAGAUUCUCCUUCAGCGGAGAAACUCGUGAAGGAGGUGCUCAUGUCCUUCACCAACUCCCUCUUGCUCUUGAACGACAACCCCACUUCUGAAUUUCACGAUGCCUCCAAUGUUCAACUUUGGGCCUCUCCCAAACUCGAGGACUCUCAAGAGAGCAAUUGCAAGAACUCCACGGUUAAAGCACGAAGAGGGUGUUACAAGAGAAGAAGAACUGAACAAACAAGAGAGAAGGAGUCUGAAGCUCCAAUCGAUGAUGGCCACCAAUGGAGGAAGUAUGGUCAAAAGGAGAUUCUCAAUGCCAAAUUCCCAAGGAACUACUUUAGGUGCACUCACAGAGACCAGGGUUGCCAAGCGACAAAGCAGGUGCAAAGAGUUCAGGAGGAUCCAAUCUUGUACAAGACAAUCUACUACGGUGAGCACAGUUGCAAGAACAUGGGAAACCCCGAGAUCAUACUCGACAUGUCUCCUUCAUCUUCUUCCAAGUUUCUUAGCUUCAACAACUCCUUCUCUACCCAAUCACAACAAGAGUGUCCCUUUCUCUCAUCAUCUUUCCCUUCAUCUGUCAAAAGGGAGUGCAAGGAGGAGAUUCCACCCUCAACUUCCUCCAAUGAUUACCUCAUCUCUUCUGACCUCACCUUUGAUGGUUCACCAAAACAUGUCACUCUAUCAUCUUCAACACCUGACUCAGAGUACAAGGCUGUCGACUUUCCAGAUAUCUUUGAUGAUGUCUUUGAAGGCUUGCUUGAAUUUAGAUAGUUUCCCACUUUCUUCUAUUUUAAGUUUUAUUUGAAGCUAUGCAAAAACAAACUGUGUAAUAUAAAUAUAUAUUACUUUUCUAAGAAAUUUGUAGUA